UUUCUACAAAACUCACCAACGCUGCUACCUCUUAUAAAAAGGCCAAAUCUCAUUUUGACUGACAAAGAACAUCAAACUUUGCCAUUGUGCAAUCUUUAAAACAACCUCAUUCAAAAUCAAUCCAAAAUGGCCACUAAUUUUUCCAUUUGCCUUCUCAUCACCUUCAAUUUCGUUAUCUUCCCAACCUUCUACAAUACUGUUAAUGGCAUCUUCUGUGAGGAACUAACUGAGGGCAUAGCAAUAAAGCGUGUAGAAAAAACAUCCCACCUCCACUUCUAUUUCCAUGAUGUCACUAGUGGGAAAAAACCUAGUGCUGUGAAAAUUGCUGGACCAGCAAACAGCAGCGCCUACGGAUUUGGAGCCACUAUGAUGAUGGAUGAUGCAUUGACAGAAGGGCCUGAUAUCAGCUCAAAGCUGGUUGGAAGAGCUCAAGGGCUAUAUGCCAUUGCCGCACAAGAAGAGGUAUCAUUGCUAAUGGUUAUGAAUUUUGCAUUCAUUGAAGGAACUUACAAUGGCAGCAGCAUCAGCAUUCUUGGGAGGAAUCCAGUUUUCAAUGACGUGAGGGAAAUGCCGAUUGCUGGAGGUAGUGGGGUGUUUAGGCUUGCCCGGGGCUAUGCACUGGCACAUACAAUUUGGUUUGAUUACAACACUGGAGAUGCCACGGUUGAGUACCAUGUCUAUGUGUCACAUUAUUGAGCUAUUUUGUUAGGUUAUAUUAAUUUGUUGCUUCUUAAUUAUGUUUUUUCAUUGAUCAAUUAUACAGUAAAAAAUAGGAGAGCCCCGAACAGUUCACUUCAUUCCACACGAUCAAAUG